AUGGAUAACACCGACGUUCUCCUCGGUGGCCUGGCGGGCGGCGACAAAGCGCUUGACGCAGCGCAGAUUGAACCUAACAUGAAGCGCGACCAGGACUCGACCGAUGACUUCGAGCACCUCGAACGCGACCCCAAGCGCGACUCGCCGCAGAAGCAGCAGGCUGCUGCUACGCGGAGCUUCCUCGAUAUGGAAAGAGAGUUCCUAAUGGAUGCGCCGCGAGCUCCUUCAGCAGACCACAUCGCCGACAAGUUCACGGAUAGUGAGUCGGACGCGGAUACCGCUGGCGAGUCACCCAUGCACCGGCCCGUCCAGCCGGCGCCUCGUACUCCAGAGCCACUGCUAGACCUCACUCCUGUGAUGGCACCCGCACCAGCGCCAGCUCCAGCUCCUCUAGAUCCAGCUCCUGCUUCCGCUCCCGCUCCAGUUGAGGCACCCAGUCCAGUACCUACACCUCUAGACAUUCCUUUACCAGAAAAACCUCAACCUGCUGCAACACCAGAACCUCAGCCUGAGCCUCCUAAGUCUGAGCUUCCUAAACCAGAGCCCCCUAAGCCGGAGCCCCCUAAGCAGGAGCUUCCUAAACCAGAGCCUCCUAAGCCUGAACUCCCCAAGCCUGAGCCUGCGAAGAGAGAGCCGAGCCCGCCACCGAAGGCGAGCCCGCCAGAACCUUCGCGGCCGACUGCGCAUGUCAUCGAGGCCGAAGUCAUCUUCUGCCAAAUGGGAUUAGACUCGCGGCACAUGACUCAUAACGAUGAAGGUUUAUGGAAAGCUCACAAUGUAGACAAUGAAGUGAUACCCAAUAUGAAGCAACAACGGCGAGGGUGUUGUGCGGGGGUGGCGGGCGUGAGGAGGUCGGCUGCAGAGGUGGCGAAGCGGCAAGAGCGUUGA